UCGUAGUAUAACUUGUAACAAAUUGUACAAAAAGGGAGGCAUAACCGGCAAGUUAUGCUAAAUCCCUCAUCAUUAAAUAUGUGAAUAUACAUGUAAAUAUCUAUAUAUAUAUAAUAUAAAAUAUAGUAUGCAAAAUAUGGUGGGAGCCUGGGAGGGCGGCUUAGCAUUGCAGGGAGUGAAUCCAAGUUAAUUGGUCUCCACAAGCCUCCGCCCCACUUACUAUUACAUUCUCUAUAUAUCUUCCUUUCUUCCCAUCAAAGUUUCCUCUAUACUAUCUGACACACUUAAUUAUACAUAUUUAUAUACAUAUAUAUAAACACCUAUAUAUAUACAGCUAAACUCGAAGAUCCCCGCCAACUAAUCCUUCACAUAUAUCAUUUAUAUACAUAUAUAUAAUGUCAGAUUGGGGGCCAGUGUUCGUGGCAGUGGUGCUGUUCGUGCUCUUAACACCAGGGCUGCUGUUCCAAGUACCAGGCCGCCAUGGAUGCGUGGAGUUCGGCAACUUUCAGACGAGUGGAGCUUCCAUUCUUAUUCAUUCUCUUCUUUACUUCGCUCUCGUUUGCAUCUUCUUUCUCGCUGUCAAAGUUCAUCUCUACAUUAACUAGUCUGUCCCAGCUACUAUUAUUAAUGCUGCAGCUUCGGCUACAUAUGUACUAGUACUUCCAACUGUUUUUUGUAACAAUAAUAAAUGAUGAAAAUGGCUUAGUCUAAUAACUACUGGGAUCCUAAGCUCUUUUCAUUCUAGAUUAUUAUUGGCUUUUGUUUCCUCAGAUCGAUGUAUUUGCUUCUUUAUUAUAAGUCAAGUAAUUCAAUCAUUAUAUCUUAAUUAAAAGUACUUUUUUCUUUCUGAAUA